AUGUUCAGAUUUCCUGAUGAGCAUCUAUUAUCGCUGAAGUUUGUCUUUGGCUCAUCAGCCGUCCAGGCCUUGGACCUAGUUGAUCGACAGUCCAUCACCUUAAUCUCAUCGCCCAGUGGGAGGCGUGUCUACCAGGUACUUGGAAGCGCUGGUAAAACUUACACGUGCUUGGCUUCUUGUCACUACUGUUCCUGCCCUGCGUUUGCCUUCUCGGUGCUGUGGAAGAGUGACAGCCUGCUGUGCAAGCAUCUCUUGGCAGUGUACCUCAGCCAGGUGACAAGCACCUGUCAGCAGCUAAGUGUCUCUGAUAAGCAACUGACUGACAUACUGUUGACGGAAAAGACACAUGAAGCCUGAGAGGUACCGCCUGAGCAUCGUUAUCUUUCAAAAUAGAAGUGCCAUCAGGAAACGCACUUGACCUGCCGUGGUUCACGUGGAAGGGAAGUGAAGCCGACUCCUUGUUGCUGCCCCUCUUGUGUCCUGGACUGCAGGAGGGGCUGUGGGUUGGAACCCACGAUGUACAUAUGGUUUGAAGCCCCCAUGAAAAAUGUGACCCAGCUUCUGAGCCCCUGGGGCACAGAAUUUCCAGAUAGAUUCAAGCAUUUUAGACCCAAAGCCUAGUAUCAUAUCGUGUCCACAAGCAGAUUCCCAAGUGACUAAAGUUUGGUAAUUUUUAAGAGGUUGGGAUGGUGGACAAACCAAUAAGAUGAAGGUCAGAUGAAUGAGGGUUACUUCUUUUCCUCGGGUCCAGGAAAUUUCUGCAAUAAAAGAUCAGAGCAGAGCUGUGGCUAAAAGGCAGCAAGCAGGAGAAGACUCGGGGGUUCUGGCUGCAGUGAGCUGCUGGCAUCGGUGGUGCUGGUGCCAAAACAGCUUGUGAAAUGGACUGUGUUGUGAGGAAGGCAGAAUUGAGAAUCAGGAAGUGCUGGCUUGCUCUGCAUGCGUUUCUGAGCUUUGUAACGGCAGGAAGGGAGGGACUAAACUCACAUUCCAAAGAAGCUGGAGAUGCUACUGUGGUUUCCAGCCUGAAGAAGGAAAGAUGAAAGAGACUCCAAGAGGGGUACUGAAAGGGAGAGAAACUGGGGCUUGGGACGCGUUCGGACCCCAGGGGAGUGCAGAGGAGCAAGGAUGGAUGAAAGUGGAAAUGAGGCAGAUCUCAGCCCAGGACGGGAACUUCUUAUAGGGAAAGCUGUCUGAGAACAGGAUCCUCAAAGGACAGGCAUCCCCUGUCUCCGCAGCGUCCCUCCUGCGGGAGGAAGGGAGUCGGUGCACAGGCCCGUGACACAGAUGGCUGGCGGCUGAGGAGCCCCCCGCCCCAUGCCCCCGCAGCCUGCGGGUGAGCGCGACGCGGAUGCUGCAGCCUUUUGUGGUGCUGAGCUGGGCAAACGCAACCCAUCAGAACUUCAGUACGUGGGAGCUGGGGCUUGGGUGCAGACUGGUUUUUUAAGCAGUCUUCAGGAUAGAGAACAGACGGGCUGGUGCAGCUCUGCACAAGCUGAUGCGGCCCCUAAUCUCGUUUGUUUGCUUUAUUUUUUCACCUAACAUACAAACACAGUUAUAUAACUUAACUCAGUAAAAUUUUCACACUUUGGGUUCCAACAACUUGGCCAAACUUGAACUUGGGAGGGAAGGAAGAUUCACCGUCCGGCUCUAGAGGGGGAGGGGAGCCUGGUGGAGGCGGGGCCCCACUUCUCCAGGGUCUUCCUCCCGGGCAGUUUGCUGUCUGUGGACAAGACUGUUAUCAAACCCUGUAAGAGGAUCCUCCCCCUACAUUAAUAGAGCAGUUUCUUGAUUGAAGCAUUAUACUUUAAAUUCUCCUGGUCACCUUCCUCGGAACAAGUAUAUAUAUUUUAGUAUGUCCAACUUUUCCCAUUACCUCUACGUUAAAAAAACAUUUGUUAUUAAAACAGUU